GGCUCCUCGACAACCUAAGGUACUUUAGGGUGCGCAGCAAGGGAUCCUUUUUGCCAAGUGGUGUCCUGCCGCGCUAUUAAAGAGAGGAUCUUCCACUUCCUACCUGCCUACAUUCCCAAUCCCCAAGAUUCGGUUGUCCUCCGCACUCAGCACUAUCGCCAAGCUUUAGGACUGCAAUCUCCUUUUCACCUUCGUGUAGAAGUCAUGAAUCACGAUGCUGAGUUCGUACGGCGCUUUACACAGCAAGAAGCCCAGAAAAGGGCCACAAAACGACCAGCGGCCCUCACAGCCAAGCAGCGUGCAACUCUGCGCAAGCAGCUCAAGGACACCCAGCUCCUAAAGCCCAACUAUGCCGACAGCACCAAAAGCAACAUCUCCGGAUUGUUGCGAAAAUGGAAGAGCUACUGCAAAGCUGCCGAGAGGUCAGGAACCUGGCAAGAUGUAAUCAAGGAAGUAGACCGAGAUACGGUAAUGGAUUUCCUUGAAUACCUAUGUCAAACUGGCAAAAUCCAGUCUCAAGGGACUUCGUGGGAAUACUUCCGCCAAUUUAAGCAGCUAUAUGCAACUGUCACUCGCCGUGAUAUGGUUAAGCAAGACACCAGGGAGAUCAAGAAGUGGCACGAUACUGUCUUAGUACGUCGUUAUAAGUUACGGGCGCCCUGCAUCCAUGGCAAGGACGUUGCCGACUCGAAUACCUUGCUGGUUAUGUUGACCUUCAACAUCAAAUACGAUACUGGCGUCUUCCCCAACGAGAGACAUCGUGUCCAGCUAUUGGGGUGCAACCAAGGUCUCGCGUUCACGGGGGCUCGACCAGCUGAGUUUGUUGAUGGCGAGAAAAAGAGCAGAAAAGACGGGUGCCUGGACGAAAUUUUCCCCUGCGAGGCUAUCGGUGGGCACUCCAACAACGAGGAUGAGGGAAUUGAUGAGGACUCUAGGCUUCUGGAGAACCUGAUCUUACAGGAAACUGCAAACCGCGGACGUCCAAAAGCGCUUUGCUAUGAGGAUAUCCUACUUAUGGUCGUGAAGCACCCGGAGACUGGAGAGGACGUUCUAGCCAUGUCUAUCAAGUUUAUACAUCACAAAGGUGCAGACAACAAACCGAAGCCGACCAUCUUCUUUUUCACUCCUACAAGGAGGUUGAUCUUCUGUUUCAUUACUGUCAUCGUUAGCCUGGCUGUAUACGAUGGUGCGUUUGCUGCGUCGAAGUUCACAAGCGUUAGAGAAGUAUUUCAGGCCAAAAACCGGGGACCAGUAAAAUGCACGCCCUUCCGCUGGAAAGAAGAAUGGCUUAAGCGGCCCGUUUUCCGCCAAUUCGAUGACUCCGUUUUGGAAGGUGGACUCGAAGACCCCAGUUGCCCCCAAUAUCAGCCACUUCCCUACCACAAGCUAAGAGACGACAUGGCACGCCAAUCGCUUGAUGCUGGAUUUGAGAAGGCAAUCGAACCAAAGGCCUGGCGUAGAGGAGCGGCAAAUGCAGCCAACGGCAACGCCUCUGAUGCCGUCCGCGAUCAGAUGAUGCGCCAUGACCCCAGGUGGGCUACCUUCAACAGUGCAUACAUCAAUGAGAAGGUCAGCUUCCACCUCCAAAACGCAUUCCUGGCCGAGCCGACCGAGGAUAGCCUUCUUGCAAUGCUCUCGCACAUAGGCCAUAUGCGCGACCCUCGUGCGCGCAAGGAUAUGGUCCCCGAUGAGGUCUGGGAGAUGUUGCCACCCGAUCCAGAGAUUGUCGCGCUAGAGACCGAGAGGGCGCGACUCAAGGGCGGCCAAUACCGGAUCAAAGGGACAGAAAACGAGGAACGGGUACGGGAACUCACUAGAUUAAUCGCCACUAAGGAGGCACAGCGGAAGAAUGCCUUCCGGCGAGCUUACCGGGAAAAUUACUUUCACCACCGCCCGACCUGGGACAUGGAAGCUAACGGAGACGAGGAAGAGGAUGAAUACGUCGAGCCUGCUAUCGACCUACAUAUACCCGAGCGCGCCCAGCUCGCGAAGAUCCUCUGUAGCCAACCGGACAAUCUCACUUCCGCGGAGCUACUCGAACUCCGUAUCAAAGCGGCUGAGCUAAUGGUUACCCUAUGCAGCAAACGGGAGACUGUGAAGCGAAACCGCGUCCAAUCAAGGGCGCGGAUGGACUUUGCCGUAAAGGAAUCGUCUCCUAAGUUGGACCCCUUUCCCCUUCUACUGGACAAGAAGCAAUGCCCACGCUGUAUCGGGGACGAGACCCUAUCCUAUGAGGAAAGGACGUUUAAGUAUUGUCGGCCUGCAGUGAUGUACGACCACUUCAAUAGGAAUCAUGCGAGGCAACUGGACAGCGCGAAGCAGAUACUGUGUAAUCACCCUAAGUGUAGAAGGGAGGGUCUCGAGUUCAAACACUUGGACCAUUUCAAGAAUCACAUAGAGAGGGUCCAUGGUGUUAGGCUGCGGGGGUGUAGGCUGCGGGGGUGAAUGGGGUCAUCUGCUUAGGGAACUGGGAGCAGCGAGCCCUCAGGGGACCCAGUGAUCGUAUAUAGCAUAGUUAGUUGUUUCAGAAGUUGUAUAUUGACGGUACACGAGGGGACGGAGCAGGUUUGGGGAUCUGUAUGAUCUAAAAUAUCGUGGACCGGCUCUUUCUUUGGUUUGAUGGCUUCACUUACGUACGAAGGUAGAAAUUAUGAACAAACUGAAAUUUCUCAACUAAG